UUAAGCUGUCCCCGUAGGAGAAACAACUAAAAAUCCCUUGGCUCUCCUCUAAGAAGAAAAGGAAACCCGUAAACCAAGUCACUCCACCGCCAGGCGGAGACGCCUGGAGAGGAGCCCGAGAGCCGCAGGACCCUAAAUAGCAGUAAGAUAUGCCCCGUAGAUCUGAGAAACCCUGUUGUUAUGCACACUAAAAGAUGAGUUCCAGAGAUAACAAGCAAUUUGGCCAACUCACACUUAGUCUAGACUCCAAAUCUCUCCUACCUUCUUCCACCAUCACUUUGAGGUUGUUUCAGAUGUUGCAUUCUACCUACCGAACUGCCUAGGAAACCUGGAAUAGAGAGGCAAGGACCCGCCAGGUACCCUGCAGACUUCAAAAGCCGGAUUUCACUAAAUUCAGAGAAUGACCCAAAACGGAAAGGAAAGCCCAAAGUAGGAACCACUUAGCGCUGCUCACGAUCCUACCCGGAUUCAUUUUUUUCAGUUGACAGGAAGUGAAGGACUAUCUUAACCCCACUUGCCGGAAGUGCCUUUUCAGGAGUACUUGGCUGUUCUUGCAGCUCAGGUUUUCAUCUCUCCACGCGACACUGGCAACAACAUGCUUCUGAUUCAGCGUGUCCACUUAGCUAUAAAAAUACAUUAAUCAGAACUGCCUGGCAUCUUCCUGAGCAAGACUUCAUUAGGUCCCAGUAUGCUUCACUUCAUCCGGAAGUUUUCUCAAGCAUCUUCAAAGAUGCUGAAGUACCCUUUCACAGUUGGACUAGGAGCCAGCAGGAGAAUAGAAACACUUUCUCUCAAGGCAUGUCUCCAGCAGAACUUUUCACCUUUGUUUCUAAGGCCUAGGCCUUCCUCAUCAUUUCCAGUGUGUAUGAGCAAGACACAAUACUAUCAUACUUCCCCAUGCAACUUUAAGAAGAAGCAGAAGGAAGAAGUGCUUCCAGCCAGGCCACCGAAAACUAUCACAUACCUGCCUGACAGCCCAAAGCCAGCAUUAUACAUCUCUCUGGCGGGACUAAUCCCUUUCCUUGCUCCACCACUGAUCAUGGUGAUGGUAAAGACUUAUAUCCCCGUAUUAGCUUUUACUCAGAUGGCUUAUGGAGCCAGUUUCCUAUCUUUCUUGGGAGGGAUCAGAUGGGGUUUUGUUCUGCCAGAAGGUAGUCCAGCCAAACCAGACUACCUAAAUUUAGCUAGUAGUACAGCUCCUGUCCUGUUUUCAUGGUUUGCCUUCCUUGUUUCUGAAAGGCUCAGUGAAGCUAUACUCACAGUAAUGAUAGGUUUGGGGAUAGCAUUACAUAAUGAACUUUUUCUUUUGCCAAAUUAUCCCAAUUGGUUUAAAGCCCUGAGGAUAGUAGUCACUUUAGUGGCCUUUUUAUCGUUUGUAAUCACUUUACUACUUAAAAAUAUUUAUCCAGAGAAAGGACCUCAGAAACCUGGUCAAGGAGAAUAAAUAUAAAACUACUCAAUAAAUGAUGUUAGCACGUUGGCUACAGCCUUGUAAGGUUGUUUUACAUAUCCUUUUUCUUCUACUACUGUUUAGCUCUUUGUUUCCCACCAAUGGUAAUGUAGUCAUUUUUUCACUUCUAAAAAAUCUAUUUCAUAGGAAUUAUAUGAUCAACAGCUUGAAAAUCCUUAAGUCCUUUUUAUGUCAUAUUAGGUUAGAGUUCUCAUUCAGUGUCAGGAAUUAUAUAGUGGUCCACUCAUUUCAAAGUUUUAUUUUGAAGGAAAAAAAAAGUAAAAUUAAAAGCAAAAGAUGGAAAAAUCCCUUUUGCUAGAAUCUAUGAUCAUUGAAAAACACACAUACUCUCCCAUUUCAAGAGGAAAACUUCAAUCCAUGAAUGUCUGAAAACAAUAAGCAGUUCCAGGGUAGAGUUUUCAUUGCAGUUGCCCCGGGGAUUGCAUUCCCAAGCUCAUUUUACCUGGUACAACCUAGUUAUAUGAGCUGAGAGGAUCUGUGGCUCUAAAGUCAUUUGGGAGUAGUGUCACGAGGGGAAGUCAUGUUUAAAGAGAAUCUGGACACUUUUCUAGUUUUUAUCAGGAUAUUUGGCAGAGUAUAGAUGCAACUUAUCACCAAAUAGACCACCAGCAGGUCAAAAUUAUUUAAAAGAUAAAGCUGUUAGUACAUAAAAUUAGGAAAAAUCAAGCUGGAGCCAUCUUGAUAUUCUAAUGAGCAGGGCUAUCUAAUGUUACAUGUUAACUCCCAGAAAGCUUUUUCAAAACAGCAAAAACAUCACCUUAAGACUCUAAUUUGAAAACCUUGUCUUUUGAGAUUCUUAGUCUCAUAAAAAAGGAAUUUAUGUAAGAAUAUAAAUAAGGAAAUGAUUUCACCUGGUAUGUUAUCUUUGCAUAAGUAUUCAAAUAUCAAAUUUCAUAAGUAAAUUAUAUACAUAUGACUUCCGUGCUAGUGAUGAUUCUUGCAGUGAAGAGAUGAGUCUAGAUUGGUAGCCUGUUUACUUUCUUACACACCUGUUAUGUAUUGAAUUGUGUGUUGAAGUCUUAAUCCCCAAUAUUUAAGAAUGUGACCUUAUUUGGAGGUAGGGUCUUUACAGAGGUAAUAACUAUUAAAAUGAGGUCAUGAGAGUAGGCUAUAAUGUAAUAUUACUGGAAUUCUUAUAACAAGGGAAAAUUUAGAGACAUGUAUACAGGGAGAAUGCCAUGUGAAUGUGAAGAUGGCUAUCUGUAUGUCCAGGAGUGAAGCCUGGAACAGAUCCCUCCCUCGAAGCCUUCAGAAGGAACCAACUCUACCAACACCUUGAGUCCAGACUUCCGGCCUCUGAAACUAUGAGACAAUAAAUUCUGUUGUUUAAAUUUCUGUGCCCUGCUAGUGUGGCUCAAUGGUUGAGCAUCAACUCAUGCACCAAGA